CCCAGGAGAAGACGAAAGCAGAGACCGGGCCGUUCUAGAUGGGAUUCUAGACAUCCAUACCACGUCGUACUUAAUUAAAUAGCGGUUGAUCCUGGCCACCAGGCCACGCCGGAUUCUGUCAUGAUAGCGCUGUAUACCUAUUGUCAAAUUCAACCCCCUUUUCCGGGGUUUCUUUCGGUAUUUGUAUGAAUUCAGACCCCGAUCAAUGAGAGAUGCCUCCCCUCCAUGGAACCGUCAAAGACUGCACCAACAAGGUCGUCCCCGCUCUCUUCUUCCUCGUCGUCGUCGGAUGCAUCACUGUCGUCCUCGCCUAUUCAAACGGCAUCCAAGAGCCUGUUCCCAGAGACGUCACUGCAGGUCUCACCGCCACCCUGGGCAUCCUCGUCUUCCUCUUCGCCCUGGGCCGCGGGUUCCUCUACCUCCAGCCCGUCCCUACAGGGCAGCACGACCUGGAACAAGGCGCAGGCCGGUCGCAUCAGACGACAGCAGCUCCAUUGGCGCCUCAGCCGGGACGGAUACACUGCCCCAUCCAGGCGGGGGGUUCGCCGUCCGGCUCCUCGGAUAGCAACAGAAUCACGGUCGCCCAUCCUGCGCCCGGUGACCAUCUUGCUUCCCCUUCCGAUCACGUCGCUUCGGACAGCGAAGACACCGUAGUACCGCCCGCUCGCACCACCCGUCCGUAUUCCCAAGGGUACGAGAACCGAGCCGCCGCCGCCUUCGAAACCCCGAUACGGGCGCCGAAUCGCCCAGCACCUGUAUAUAACGCCGAAACCGGCUUCGGAAGAGGCGGCGGCGGCGGUGGCGGUGGCCGCGCGGACAGCCAGAGCCAAUCGCACAGGCAGCAGACGCGACGCAGCGGCGACGACAUCGGGACAUCGGAGGAUGCCCUGGCUAUAUUGCCGUCAACUUGGGGCCAGCGACAUGUCGCCGUUGGCCAUCCUUCGAAACAGAUGGCAAAGUCCUCUUUGAAUUUGCCGCCUGGCCGACAAAGUCUCUUCAGGAACUCUGGGCUUGGGGGGUUGGAAUGAGCAGGGGGAUAUGGUGCAGGAAGACGUCAGGUCUCGGGAUGGCCGCUACCUUAGUUGGCGAGGAUGACCUGGGACAUUUCGAGGCCAGGAAUACAACGAUGACAAUGCAACAAGCUCAAAUACUUCCCUCCCAGCCCGACGACAGUGACCGGCGACGAGUGCCAACGUAGAGUGGAUGUCUG